AUGGCCGAUUAUUCUAUUCAGCAGUUAUAUAACGAGCAAUAUAUUCAACGGGGAGAUAUAUUAAUUUACAAGAGGCAUAAUUAUCAGGUUAAAAGUAUCUACAAAAAUGGGAGACUGGAAAUUAUUCUUGCUGACGACAAGAAAAAGAAAUUUUGUCAUUUAUUUGAACUCGAGCAGCAUAUUCUUGGAUCAAAUGAAAAUAUCACAUGCGAUAAAGGAAAUGUAUAUGACCGGAUUUUCAUUAUACAUAAUGACACGAAUAAAGGAAAUAUUACUGAAUUAAAAGAACGGUAUGUUAUGGAUCAUAAAGCAGAUGUGUUUGAAAGCCAAGCGAAGAAGCUUGAUGGACGCGAAAUUAGUCCAAUAUUUGAUAUCGAGCAUUUGAAACAGUUUGAUAUUAUUUUAAAAGAAUUUCAUAAGAAAUUUAAUAAAAUAAUUCCAUUAACAUGUGUAAACGAAGGAUUAGUAGAUAAUAAAGAAGCUCUUAUAGUCUUUGUGUAUGUCCCAGAAGAAACUCCAGUUAAUUUACCAUCCGAAUUCAUGGGAUACCCUGUAAUAAUUUCCUAUGGAGUCGAUUUCAAAUUUCAUCAUCGUUUUUUUCAUAAAGAUCUUAUGCCCGGCAUAAGUAUUGGCAGUUCAAGAUAUCUACCUGACGCCUGUACAUUGGGAGGAUUGUUUCAAAAUACAGAAGAGCCUGAUAAGAAAUUUUUAUUAACUACAAAGCAUGGAUUUGGAAAGAAUGAUGGAGUAUUUCAACCAGGAAUACUUGACCAGAUUGAUACUAGUUUAUGUGCUAAGGUGACAAGAUAUCAUUUCUUGGGAGCUAAUCCUACUCGUCAAUUUCUUGACUAUGCAUUUUGUGAAAUUGAAAAUGAUCGCGGGAUCCCAAAAAUACCAAAUACUCCAUUGGGAAGCAAUAUUACCAUUAGUAGCAUCAAAACUUCUGUAAGUAACAAUGAAAACUUUGUAUGGGUACAAAAAGUUGGAAGAACUACCUCUAUAACUAGAGGGUUAAUACAGGAUAAGCUGGUAAGCUUUCUUCCACCGCUCGUCAUUAAGGGUAAAGAAAAAAAAAACGGAAAAAGAGUAGAAAGAUUUGCAUUAAAGGUUACCAGUAAAGACAAUAGAUUUGGUCAACCUGGGGAUUCAGGCUCACCAGUCUUUGACGAUAAUGGUAAAUUAUGGGGGAUAUAUAUUGGAAGCGCUCAUCCAUAUUAUUAUGUGACCCCUAUUCAUCUGAUUUUGCAUGAUGUCCAGAAGAGAUUUGGAGAUGCAAAAUUCGAACUCAUUACUCAAUCUCAUGAAGAAUUAACGUGUUUAGUAAAAAGUUAA